AGCGUAGUGCGUGGGGGGAGGUUAGAGGACGAUGCUACUGCGCUCGCGCUUGCCACCGUGGGGCUCAACCGGAUGCUGGUCGUCUGGUCGUCUGGGCCAUAACAGGUCGCGCGGCGAAACUCUCAUCCUCUCCUAUAAACUUCUAUGUAACGACAAAUAUAAUCUAUUCAAUUCUGAAAUUUUUUGUCGAUUUCUUCCGAGAAAUCCAACGGUUCUUUCAGAAUGUUGCAGUGCAGGUUGCCGUUGAAGAGAUUGAAAGCCCAAUGUCAGAUGGGAAAUUUUAGUUGGACGCGCGUCCGCGGGAAGAAACGCCGCAUGACGUCAUGCGACGUCUCUUCCACCGUACGCGCGUCCGAAUUAAAAAAGGGAGAGGCCAUGCGGUGGCAUGCUUUUCUCGGACUCGAGAGCAUUCGGCAUUCGGCUUUACAAGGGAGCGUUCCCGCCAGUUUUACUCCUCGCGUUCUGAGAGCAACGAAUGCUCGAUUCCGCCCUAGCAUUUGCUGUUCUCGAGAGCCUCCGUCGAAUCGUGUCUUGAAUUCUUGCGUUUCGUUGCCACGGCUUUGAGAUCUUCCAUCUUUGCAGGAUUCAUUGGAACUGGAGGUCGCUUGUUUGCUCUUGCGACGAAUUUCGAGCGUUUUCGGCAGAGUUCGUUGCCACGGCUUUGAGGUCGUCCAUCUUUGCAGGGUUUCUGGUUUCUUUGUGCCGCGGACAUGGCUUACAAACGGAAGGAGGAGGAUGUUCCCCCUGACGAUGGUCAGAAGGGAAAGAAGAUGAAAGUGGAGCCCGCUGUUCGAGUGAAGGAGGAGGUGGAAGUAGGAAGUUUUUCGAUUCACGAGGGAUUUGAAUCUACGACGGAUAUCUCCACCUCUGUGACAGACGGCGAGGAGAAUGUUCCGGAUUUGAUGGAUGUCGACGAUGACUGGGAGGAGCCCGUAGAGGAGGAAAACGACUACGAACAAGAAAGGGCAAGAAUCAUGGAGGAAAAUAGGACGAAAUUGCAGAUGUUGGGGCUUUUGCUCCCAGCAGAAAGUUCACCAAAGCGCACACGCGUAAGGGCUGCAAAUCGCAAGUCAGAAUCAGAGUUGCCGCUACGUCGCUCAGGACGGGUUGUGAUUCCACUUUAUGUUCUUCCUAGAGCGCGAACCUCAUGCAAGAAUUCGCAUCAUCAGACGCGCAAAGCUGCUGAAGGCCGGGUUAGAAGGAUACAUGAUCCUGAGUUCGGGAGGAGCUGCCAUCAAUGCAGGCAAAAGACUCUGGGUCCUCGAACCAGCUGCGUGAAAUGUAAAGCGGGAUGCGGACAGUUCUGCACAGAUUGUCUACGAAGCAGGUACGGAGAGAAUAUGGCGGAAGCCACAUCCAACAAGAACUGGGAGUGUCCCGCGUGCAGAGGUAUCUGCAAUUGUUCAAUUUGCAGACACAAGCUAGGACUUCCUCCUACGGGCCAAAUUUAUCAUCGAGCAGUUGAACAAGGCUACAAAAGUGUAGCUCACUACCUUUGCAAGGAUAAAGGUGACCGUCCACUCUUUCUUAAGAGUGCAAGCAGAGAAGAGCAAGGAAAAGAUGAUGAUAUCGAGCCGGCGACUCCCUCUCCUGAGCAGAGACCUCCUAGAGGCAAUCCCCGAAGAUCUGAGUCAAGUAUGGACUCAUGCUCAAAGAGAGAAGCCCAUAAUGUCCUUCGACCAGUAAGGCGAUCAUUGCGACUCACAUCACAUCGUCCAUUUUCGCAACCGGAAAAUGAGUUGAGCAGCGUGUCUGAGUGUGCUGGCGAGGUUAUAAAUUCUAUCGUGGAGGACGGAAACACAUGUACGACUCUUCCUGUGACAAAAGUGAAUGAUAAAGAUUCUGGUGCCCAGCGUGCAAUGUCGGUGGAUUUGGAAGAAAUAUCCACGGCUAAUGACAGGGCUUGCAAGAAAGAGGUUCCGAGGGAACCAAUUGUUAGGAGACUUAGAAAGAAAAACCCUAUAAAUUACAAGAAGUUUUUGUAGCAGGAUAGGAUUUUGUUAAUCAUUUCAGUGAUAGUAAAACCUUGAUGAUGACUCAUCACUGAUGAGUGAUUGUACUCGCAGCCCAACUCGCUGAUUGGAAGUUGGAUCUUGAAACUGGAAAUCUAAGUAUUUGUCGAGCAUGUAUCGUGUGGAAUCAUGUUUAUUGUGGAAUCAUGUUUGCUGAAGUUCUCAACUUAAACGUCAUUUCCAGCAAGCAUGUGGACGUGCCUUCAAAGCAUUUACCCUACCUCCACAUCUUAGGUAGCUUUCAACGUAACAGGUAGCCAGGUAGUCGCGAUUUAAACACACAUAGAUAAUCCGCUGCAAGGCUUUAUCUUGCAUCUGCACCUCCUCAUCGAAAGAAAUUCUUGUAGUUUGAGAUCUGAAUUUGAUAAUAUCCUUAGUAUCACGGCCAUCAAAAAGUGAAUAGCUUUCACGAAGAGGAAGUGACUAGCUCUGAUGUGGGUCAACGUGUGUGCAUUUCGAAACAUUCAGCC